AUGGCGCCUAUGUCGCAGGAGGACCUCGAGUGGUUCAAGUCCACUUUCCAUCCGAUUCCUAAACCCCAGCUGCCGGACGACAGCGUGGAAUACUCGCUAUAUCUUAUUCCCUCCGGCCCCGCCCCCGCCGCCGCCGAGGAAGCUGCUGAAACACGGUCGCGUCUGCACGAAGUCCAGAAGACGGCGUCUGAACUCACGAAGACCUUGUUGAAGGAUUAUAUCUGGCAGCGAGAUGCCUUCAGUCUGGAGAUUGCCAAAGAAAAUGGUAUUACACUACUGCGAGGGCGAACAAACUAUGGAGACUCUAUUGAAGAUGAAUGGGUCAUUGUGUAUAUCCUACGCGAACUGACGAGAAGGCACAAGGAUCUCUGGGUCAAGGUCGUAGACAGUGAUGGCGAAUUCCUUCUUGUCGAAGCCUCUGGUACUCUGCCAGCAUGGUUAGAACCCGAAGUUGCAGACAAUCGAGUGUGGAUCCAUGAUGGCGAAUUGGUGAUCAUACGACCGAAGCAGGAGCCGAAAGGCUCCAAGAGAACAACGGAAAAGAUAUCGCUCGAGGAAUCCAGACGAAUUAUACGGGAAGAGCCGAAGCGACUUAUGCGGUCUGCGAUGAUACAGGAAGAAGCGUUCUAUAGGCUACGGAACUAUCCCAAGCAGAUCAGUGAAAAUCUUCACUCCGCUUUGGUGACUCUUCCACGAAAAGUUGCGUACUUGCUGCAUCAGAAACCUGCAUACGUUUCUCCUGCAGUUGAAACUUUCUACCUCAGAGAUCCAAUAGCUCUUCGACCACUCUGUGCCAAAGACCAAAACAACUUAAUAUUCAAACCGGAUGAUCUUGUAACGGUUAGCGUGCGGUUCACGAGAGUGGGAUAUGCACAGCUGAAGAGCCAGGACUUUCCCGUCCCUCAAAGUUGGAUAGGAAAACUACCACCGAAGACAGACCAAAAAGCGUACGACCGUGCGGAGUUGGGGAUGAAAUUGUCUUGUGGGUUCGAGAUGCUACUCUCCGACCCGCAGAAUCAGGACAAAGUGUCUGUGCGGGAAAUUAAACUAUUGCUGGAAGACGUCAGUACUGGAGAUGAGCAGCUGCCGACAGACGCUGAGAUCGCGAAGUGGGAUAAGCGGGAAGAUGACGAAAAGUGGUUGGAUAUCAACUAUGAGGAUCUGGAAGGGGAGCUAAGAGGGAAAGCUAAAGGAGAGGGUGCCGACAAGCCAGGAGCCUUCGGUGAUGCAAGCGCUCAGGAGAAUCUGCAGCGCAUCGUUGCUCGUUUCGAACAAUUCCUGAAUGAUGAAGCUGCUGAUUUCGAAGGUGCUGAUCUUAUCAACGAGUUUGAUUCUGACGAUGAUGACGACGAUGACGGUGACGACCUCAGCAGCGACGGUGAAGACAAAGAUGUAUCGUUCGAUGAGGAAGAAUUCUCUAGGAUGAUGAAGGAGAUGAUGGGGUUGCCUUCAGGCUCCGAGCCCAAGGGUGCCUCCCGUCCAACGAACCAGCGCAACAGAGUAGAAGAGUUGGACGAUGAGUCAGAAGAUGAUACAGAGCAGAUUCAGGAGCUGUCACGGCAGAUGGAAGCUGAGUUGAGAGGUACUGGCGUGCUUGACCUUAAUCGCCGCUCUAAAGGCCAGCACCAAUCUCUCAAGGGAAAAGGACGUUCUACGAGCAACGAAGGCGAUAAGUCGGAAGACGAAUUAAACACAGACGAAGAUAUCAACGUCAAUCUCGCUAAGAAUCUCCUCGAAAGUCUACAGAGCCAAGCCGGAGCAGCUGGUCCUGGCAGCAACAUGCUUGGCAUGCUAGGAAUGCAGAUGCCCAAAGAUAACCGACGAUAA